UUGGGAAAAGCUUCCAAAGCAGUAUUUUAAAAAAAUGAAUCUUAUUGUGAAGCUUCGAAGAAGUUUUCGAACAUUGAUUGUUCUCUUGGCUACCUUUUGCUUGGUGAGCAUUGUCAUUUCUGCCUAUUUCCUCUACUCUGGCUAUAAACAGGAAAUGACGCUUAUUGAAACCACUGCAGAAGCAGAAUGUGCUGACAUCAAAAUUCUACCGUAUCGGUCAAUGGAGCUGAAAACAGUUAAACCUAUUGAUACAUCCAAAACGGACCCUACUGUCCUGCUAUUUGUGGAGAGCCAAUACUCUCAACUCGGUCAAGACAUCAUAGCUAUCUUGGAGUCCAGCCGAUAUCAGUACCACAUGGUCAUUGCCCCCGGCAAAGGAGACAUACCUCCUCUUACAGAUAAUGGCAAAGGGAAAUAUAUUUUAGUUAUUUAUGAAAAUAUUCUGAAGUAUGUCAGCAUGGACUCAUGGAAUCGAGAGCUUUUAGAAAAAUACUGUGUGGAAUACAGUGUUAGUAUAAUCGGUUUUCAUAAAGCCAAUGAAAACAGCUUACCAAGUACACAAUUAAAAGGCUUUCCAUUAAACCUUUUCAAUAAUCUAGCUCUAAAGGACUGCUUUGUGAACCCUCAGUCUCCUUUGCUGCAUGUUACCAAAGCCCCCAGGGUUGAGCAAGGCCCUCUUCCUGGGGAAGACUGGACUAUUUUCCAGUAUAAUCACUCAACCUACCAGCCUGUGCUUUUAACGGAAUUACAGACAGAAAAGUCCCCUUCGUCCUUGUCCAGCAAGACUCUCCAUGCGACAGUGAUUCAGGAUCUGGGGCUUCAUGAUGGAAUUCAGCGAGUUCUUUUUGGCAACAACUUAAACUUUUGGCUACACAAGCUCAUCUUCAUAGAUGCCAUCUCCUUCUUGUCAGGGAAGAGGCUGACGUUGUCCUUGGACAGGUAUAUUCUUGUGGACAUUGAUGAUAUCUUUGUUGGGAAGGAAGGAACAAGGAUGAAUGUCAAAGAUGUGAAGGCAUUACUAGAGACUCAAAAUUUACUGCGCACUCAGGUUGCAAAUUUUACCUUCAACCUUGGAUUUUCAGGGAAGUUUUACCACACAGGAACUGAAGAGGAAGAUGAAGGAGAUGACCUUUUGCUCCGGUCUGUGGAUGAGUUCUGGUGGUUCCCUCACAUGUGGAGCCACAUGCAGCCCCACCUCUUCCAUAAUGAGUCAUCUUUGGUGGAGCAGAUGAUUCUCAACAAAGAAUUUGCACUGGAACAUGGGAUACCCAUCAACAUGGGCUACGCAGUGGCGCCACAUCACUCAGGGGUCUACCCGGUUCAUAUUCAGCUGUAUGCAGCUUGGAAGAAGGUCUGGGGUAUUCAGGUCACCAGCACUGAAGAGUAUCCACAUUUGAAACCUGCACGGUACCGAAAGGGCUUCAUUCACAAUGGCAUCAUGGUCCUCCCUCGACAGACCUGUGGAUUGUUCACCCACACUAUUUUCUACAAAGAGUAUCCAGGAGGACCCCAAGAAUUGGAUAAAAGUAUCAGAGGAGGUGAACUUUUCCUCACAAUCCUUCUAAACCCAAUCAGCAUUUUCAUGACCCAUUUGUCGAACUACGGGAAUGACCGCCUAGGGUUAUAUACCUUUGUCAACUUGGCCAACUUCGUGCAGAGCUGGACCAACCUGAAACUGCAAACUCUGCCACCAGUGCAACUAGCCCACAAGUACUUUGAGCUCUUCCCUGAGCAAAAAGAUCCUCUCUGGCAGAAUCCAUGUGAUGAUAAACGGCACAAAGACAUCUGGUCCAGAGAGAAAACUUGUGACCACUUACCAAAAUUCCUUGUAAUUGGGCCACAAAAAACAGGAACAACUGCACUUUAUUUAUUUCUUCUUAUGCACCCUUCCAUCAUCAGCAAUCUCCCCAGCCCCAAGACGUUUGAAGAAGUUCAGUUCUUUAAUGGCAACAACUAUCACAAGGGAAUUGACUGGUAUAUGGACUUUUUCCCUACUCCAUCCAACGUUACAAGUGACUUUCUAUUUGAAAAGAGUGCUAAUUACUUCCAUUCGGAAGAAGCUCCCAAGCGAGCUGCAUCUCUGGUCCCCAAAGCUAAGAUCAUCACCAUCCUCAUCGACCCCUCAGACAGGGCAUACUCUUGGUACCAGCACCAACGAUCACAUGAAGAUCCAGCUGCCCUGAGGUUUAAUUUCUAUGAAGUUAUUACAACAGGACAUUGGGCCCCAUCGGACCUAAAAACUUUGCAGAGGAGAUGCCUAGUACCUGGGUGGUAUGCGGUCCACAUAGAAAGAUGGCUAACUUACUUUGCUACUUCUCAGUUGCUAAUUAUUGAUGGACAGCAGCUGAGAUCUGACCCAGCUACUGUGAUGGAUGAAGUCCAGAAGUUUCUGGGAGUUACACCUCAUUAUAAUUACUCUGAAGCACUAACGUUUGAUCCCCAGAAGGGCUUUUGGUGUCAGCUACUGGAAGGAGGAAAGACCAAAUGCCUUGGAAAAAGCAAAGGCCGAAAAUAUCCACCCAUGGAUCCAGAGUCUAGAACUUUCCUCUCUAAUUACUACCGAGAUCAUAACGUGGAACUGUCCAAACUGCUGCAUAGACUGGGGCAGCCCCUGCCGUCCUGGCUGAGACAGGAGCUGCAGAAAGUGAGGUAG